CAAUUGCUCUCCGGUUGGAAUUGGAAAGCGCAUUUGGGAGGUCGACGAUAUUGAAAAAAUCCUACCAAAUGUCGCAUGGAUUCGCGGGAUAGCUUGCUGACGUUCUUCGCCCGAGUAGUCAAGGUCACCAUCAAGUCAAGACUUGUCACCGUUGAGGGUCCCCGAGGUAAACUCACCAAGAACCUCAGCCACUUGGCAGUCAACUUCUCGCACCCCAAGAAGGAUGUUAUCAACAUUGAACUCCACCACGGCGCCCGAAAGAAUGUCGCUACCCUCCGAACCGUCCGAACCCUCAUCAACAACAUGAUCAUCGGUGUCACAAAGGGCUUCAAGUACAAGAUGCGAUAUGUCUACGCACAUUUCCCCAUCAACGUCAACAUUGACAAGAACGCUGAGACCGGUCUGUACGAGGUUGAGAUCAGAAACUUCAUUGGCGAGAAGAUUGUCCGAAAAGUCGUGAUGCAGCCAGGUGUCGAUGUCGAGGCAUCAACCACCCAAAAGGAUGAGCUCCAGCUCUCCGGAAACUCCCUCGAGAACGUCUCACAAAGCGCCGCCGACAUCCAACAAAUCUGCAGAGUACGAAACAAGGAUAUCCGAAAGUUCUUGGAUGGUUUGUACGUUUCGGAGAAGGGUAACAUUGUCGAGGAAUAAGCGGGCUGGGCACUUUUCUUCAAUUAC